AUGCUGCACAACAAAUUGCUAACAUCUGUUGAAACCAAUACACAAGCUAGUGCUAAACAUGUAUCAAACUUUUCCAAGGAUGCAGCUGUAAAACGGCGUAUGCACAUGCAAAAAAUGCAAAAUGUCCCUCUGAUUUGGUUGGACAACAAUAUUAAUGAUAAUAAUGCUGAUUGUAAUAAUAUAAUCAAGCAAUUGAAAUGUGUAGCAAAUAACAUAAGCACGUUUGCAGAUGGUAAAGAAUGUGUUGAAUUUAUUCAAACCAUGACCAAUAAUAAAGUACGUAUGAUUGUCUCCGAGUCACUUGGACAAAAUAUUGUACCUCAUGUGCAUCAUAUGCCCCAAAUAGAUACCAUUUUUAUUUUUUCUAACAAUCAAGAAUGUGAUAAACAAUGGGUCAGAGAAUGGCCUAAAAUAAAAGGAGUCUUCACAGAUAUAACAAUAAUCUGUGAAACUCUUAAACAAGCUACUCAACAAUGUGAGCAAAAUGCCAUAUCAAUUAGUUUUGUGGCAUCAAACAAAAAGUUGGAUCAAUUAGAUCCAUCAUUCAUGUAUACUCAGAUCUUGAAAGAGAUCUUACUAACCAUCGACUUCGAAGAUAAACAUAUUAAAGAAUUUAUUAAUUAUUGUCGCGAAGCAUUCGUGAAAAAUGAGCAUGAUUUACAUAAUAUUGAAAAAUUAGAACGUGACUAUCAUGAUCAUAUACCUAUUUGGUGGUAUACUUAUCAAUAUUUUUUAUAUUCGAUGCUCAAUCAAGCAUUAAGAUUAAUGGAUGCUGAUAUGAUUGUUCGAAUGGGUUUCUUUAUUAAUGAUCUACAUCGUGAUAUUCAACGACUCCAUUCGAAACAAUUUGAUGGUCAACAAUCUGGUAAAACAUUUACAGUUUAUCGUGGACAAUGUCUUUCAAAAGAACAUUUUACCGAAAUGAUAAACACUAAAGGUGGACUUCUUUCAUUUAAUAACUUUUUAUCGACUAGUACAAAUCGUGAUGUUUCUCUCUGUUUUGCACCACAAGCUGCUACAAAUCCUGAUCUUGUUGGAGUUUUAUUUAUUAUGUCCAUUAAUUCGACUUAUUCAACAACUCCCUUUGCUUCUGUUAGUGAUGUUAGUUAUUUUCAUACAGAAGAUGAAGUUCUCUUCUCUAUGCAUACCGUUUUUCGCAUUGAAGAUAUUAAACCAAUGGACGGAAAUAAUCAUCUUUAUCAAGUGAAUUUGACAUUGACCAGUGAUAACGAUGAAGACCUUCGGACUCUUAGCGAUCAGAUCCGGCAGGAGACAUUUCCAGAUGAAGAAGGAUGGUACAGAUUGGGUCAGUUGCUAAUUAAAAUGGGCCAGUCUAACAAGGCUCAAGAAGUUUAUGAAGUUUUACUCCAUCAAGACACAAACGAGAGCGACAAGGCAAAUAUCUAUCAUCAACUAGGUCGAAUCAAAUAUUUUCAAGGAGAAUAUCAAGAAGCACUUACAUUUUAUGAAAAAUCACUUGCUAUCAAACAAAAAACACUUCCUUCCAAUCAUCCUGAUUUGGGGGAUUCCUAUAACAGAAUUGGUACUGUAUAUGGCAGCAUGGGUGAUGAUCCAAAAGCACUUUCUUAUUAUGAAAAAGCACUUGUCAUUCGACAACAAUCAUUUCCUUCCAAUCAUCCUCAUUUGGGUAGUUCAUAUAACAACAUAGGUUUGGUUUAUGAUAGCAUGGGCGAUUACCCAAAAGCACUUUCAUCUCAUGAAAAAGCGCUUGGAAUUCGACAACGAUCACUUCCUCCCAAUCAUCCUCAUUUGGGUAGUUCAUAUAGCAAUAUCGGUUUGGUGUAUUAUAACAUGGGUGCUUAUCUAAAAGCACUUUUUAAUUAUGAGAAAGCUCUUGCGAUCAAACAACAAUCCCUUCCUUCCACUCAUUAUGACUUAGCUUUAUCCAACAUGCGCAUCGGUAAUGCGUAUAAUAGCAUGGGUGAUUAUCCAAAAGCACUUUCAUUUCAUGAAAAAGCCAUUGGAAUUCGACAACAAUCACUUCCUUCUAAUCAUCGUAAUUUAAGUGCUUCCUACAACAAUAUCGCAAUUUUAUUUCAUGAAAAAGCCCUUGCAAUUCAACAACAAUCACUUCCUUCUGAUCAUUAUGAUUUCAGUGCUUCCUAUAACAACAUCGGCUCGGUGCAGUGCAACAUGGGUAAUUAUGCAAAAGCACUUUUCUUUCAUGAAAAAGCUCUUGCAAUUCAACAACAAUCGCUUCCUUUCAAUCAUCCUCAUUUGAGUGUUUCCUACAACAACAUUGGUAAUGUAUAUUACGCCAUGGGUGAUUGUCCAAAAGCACUUUCGUAUUAUGAAAAAGCCCUUGCAAUUCGACAACAAUCACUCCCUUCCAAUCAUCUUGAUUUAGCUUCUUCCUACAACAAUAUCGGUUUGGUGUAUGAUAAUAUGGAUGAUCAUCGAAAAGCAAUUUCAUCUCAUGAAAAGGCCCUUGUAAUUCAACAACAAUCACUUCCUCCCAAUCAUCCUGAUUUGGGUACUUCCUAUUACAAUAUCGGUAAUUUGUAUUACAACACGGGUGAUUAUUUAAAAGCACUUUCUUAUUAUGAAAAAGCCCUUGCAAUUCAAGAACAAUUACUUCCUUACAAUCAUCCUGAUUUGGGUGCUUCCUACAAUAAGAUCGGUUUGGUGUAUUCUAACAUAGGUGACUAUCCAAAAGCACUUUCAUCUCAUGAAAAAGCCCUUGCAAUUCGACAGCAAUCACUUCCUUCCAAUCAUCCUAGUUCCGCUUCUUCCUAUAACAAUAUUGGUUCGGCAUAUGUGCAUAUGGGUAACUAUUCAAAAGCUCAUUCAUUUUAUGAACGUGCUGUACAAAUUGGACAACAAUCGUUACCAGCAAAUCAUCCUAAUCUUCAAAAAUGGAGAGAAAAUCUCGAAAACAUAAAAAAGAAAUUAUAA